AAAUAUAUUGUGUUCUUCAGACAAUGGGAGAAAGAUUUGAGGACCAUGUUAAGACCAUCGAUCUUCUUCUGCGGAAACUUAACAACUGGAUGGAAGAUCACUUGGGGUCUUUAGACCAGUUGGUGAACGAACACGCCAUAAACCUAUGGGAAUGGCUGAAGCAACAUAGCAAGGAUCUCACCGCAUGGCUCAAUAUGUACUUGUGGACCCUCCAAGAGCUCCAUAAUAGGUAUAUGGAAGGUUCUGAUUACAGGUUGAGCAAAGAGAUCCUACUUCAUGACAAAUGUUGGGAAGAAAACGUCAGCAAAGCAGACACGUGGUUGAGACACCCAAAUACUACCCUAUACAAGUGGCUGGAGGAGAACCACAUGACCAACAAAGCAUUGGAGAUCCAGGGCAACAGUGUGGCCAAUUCUCGGCAAGAGUCUACAAAGAUUCAUAUCCAGCACCCAAAAGACCAUGUUAAAAUCCUAGAACAGUUAUUGGCCGACUACACAGCAACUGCCACUAAGUGGCUAGAGGGGUGCAGUACACUGAGAGAAGCAUCUUCUCAGAAAUCUGCCCCAAAGCUAGGAAAAGCACAACCAACAGCACUGGGAGUUAAGUGCCUCAGUGUCAUGAAAUGGCUAGAAGAGCAUGUUGAUGCCUUGGAACAGUGGCUGUUGGAUUCCAUGAAUUGGCAAAAGAAACGAAAGAUCCUUAUCUAAGCAUUGUCAGAUGUAUUUGAGUGAGCUCUG